AUGAACCGGUCACUCUGGCAACAUGAGGCAGGCGUGCCAGGAAUCAUCCGAGAUAGUCCGAUCCCCUCUCAAAUUGCCGACGAAGAGAUCGUGGUCAAAGUCCACGCCUGGGCGAUGAACCCAGCGGAUGCCAUGGUCCAGGACAUUGCCCUGCCGUUUAUUAAAUAUCCCCUCAUUCUAGGAGAGGACAUCACCGGCACCGUGGAAAGUGUCGGAUCCGUAGCCGCUACUAAAUUCCAACCCGGUGAUCGCAUUCUUGGCUUGGCUCUCGGCGCAGCCGUGGCAAAGCCCGAACAGGGCGCCUUUCAGGACUACGUGAUCCUAGAUUACAAUAUGGCGUGCAAAAUCCCAGAUACUCUAUCUUUCACCGAUGCAUCCGUCUUCCCACUCUGCAUCGCGACUGCUGCGCAAGGAUUAUUUUCCAAGGAAUAUCUCGGUCUACCGUUCCCCUCGACUACCACCGCCCCAAACAGCACGGGCAAGUCCAUCCUCAUCUGGGGUGGCAGCUCAGGUGUCGGCAGCAAUGCGACCCAGCUCUGCAAGGCGGCCGGCUUUGAGGUUGUCACAACCUGCUCUGCCCGUAACGCUGGGUACGUCAAAGACCUUGGUGCGGAUAAGGUCUUCGACUACACCGACAAGGACGCCAUUGACCAGGUCGCCACGGAGCUGGACAAGGGCGAGUGCAUUGGUAUUCUUCAAGCGGCAGGUGAGCCUAGCCCAUCCUGCCAGGUCGCACACAAGUCCAAGCAAACACUGCGUGUAGCUGCCACCAACCCUGUCCCCGAAGGUGCCGCCUUAGAGGGUGUUGAGGCUAAGAUGAUCUUUGCCUCUGGGGGUGCUGUCAUCUACCAUGAGACCAACCCGGCUACUUUUGCGGGCUAUCUACCCGAAGCAUUGGCCAAUGGCACCUACAAGGUUGCCCCUGCUCCGGAGACUGUUCCAACAAAGGGACUUGAGGGAAUCCAGGAGGCUUUGGAUGUCCUGAAGAAGGGUGUGUCGGCGAAGAAGUUGGUGACACUGGCGAACUAG